CGACCAGCCAGUUGAAGCACUGGCGACAGCCGCUUUCUCUUCCUAGCCACGGGUCAACGUUGGUAGGUUACAUUGACCAUGCCACCACCAUGCACCCUGCCAUGCCAGUGCACCGUGCAUUUCCAGCUCUAGACAUUUGGUUGGAACAGCGACGCCAUUGUCAACAUUGCCACCACCACUCCAGUCUCCACCACUGCCCAUUACGUGCUCUCUGAAGACCACCUCAUCAUCCUUCUUACACGUGAAUCUGCCUUGGGAGAACAGGAGCCGGCCCUGUUCCAAACUGGGGUUGAAGAUGUGCCACUCUUUGGAAAGUUGCGAAUGAAAAAGUUGUUGGUGAAGUUUGUGGCACGAAAGGUUCUGGACCUGCAUCUUCCAUUCGAAGCGGGAAGUGGUGAACAAGGUUUGGUAGCUCCAUGGAGUACGUCAGCCCUGAGGGGCUCCGCCUGGACGGCCGCAGGCCCAAAGAGGUCCGUCAGCUCAAGUGUGAGCUGGCGGUGUUGCAUAGAGCAGACGGAUCCGCUUACCUCGAGAUGGGCAACACCAAAGUCCUCGCAACCGUGUAUGGGCCACACGAAGUGAGCCAGCGGUCGCAGUCCCUCCAUGACCGCGCCUUGGUCCACUGCGAGUACAGCAUGGCCACGUUCAGCACGGGGGAGCGCCGGCGGCGGCCAAAAGGAGACAGGCGGUCGGUGGAGCUGUCCUUGGUGAUCCGUCAGAGCAUGGAGGCCGCGAUCCUCACGCACCUCCUGCCAAGGACGCAGAUUGACAUCUACGUGCAAGUACUACAGGCGGAUGGAGGCACGCGCGCCGCGUGCAUCAACGCAGCCACGCUGGCGCUCGCGGAUGCAGGGGUGCCCAUGCGGGACUUGGUCGCAUCCUGCGCGGCGGGCUACCUCAACGGAACGCCCCUCCUCGAUCUGAACUACGUCGAAGAUAGCGCCGGCGGUCCCGACCUCACGGUGGCCCUCCUUCCGAAAGCAGAGAAAGUGACGCUACUGCAGAUGGACUCGAAGCUGCCGUUGGACACGUUCGAGGCGGUGCUGGGCCUGGCCAUGGACGGCUGCAAGGCCAUCGCAGCGCACAUGCGCCAGGCUUUGCUCGAGCACACCCGGAAACAAGCCGUGGUGCGAGGCCCCGUGCGGCUGUGAGUGAUCCAGCCUGCGCAAAGAUGCUUCCCCGUCUCGGAGCAAGCGGGCGACUAACGCGCGGCUCCCUCUAACCACUGAUCCGAUACACGGCUACUAAUCCGCCAACCACGGCGCCCGUUUUCAAGCGGUAAAGUGGACAGCAAGACCCGCCGAAAAGAAGCCAGCUCUUAAGAGGUUGAUUAGGGUCGGGCUGUGAGAUGUUGGGCAUUCUCACUUGGUUGUUUUGACAAGACUAAGAACGAAAUGAAGAUGGCCUCACGAGAAGCUGGGCCCGAAAGGCAAGCGGGUGCUGGAAGAGACGCUGUCCUCGAGUCCAAAGUAUUUCAGCAGUACUUCAGCUUGGAACUUAGCAGGGCCCACGCUUGCACGGCAUAGUGAUCCGACUAUGAAGUAGGCCAUCGAGCAGGCUUGGGUUGCGAGUCGUAAAAAAGACGUUGAAACAAACACGAGAUGUUAUGCAGUCAUAUACUUUGUGGCGGCCGCAGCCGCUGCAUGAUUCUAACCUAUGAAGGAUGUACUUGGUUAUGCGGA